UAUCACAGGAUGAUAAUUAUACUGAUAGCCCACCGACCACUCAAUAUGAAUCUCUGACGUUUGGACCCAUCAGAGAAAAUAUUAGGCAUGGAAUCCAACUCUCCACGUCUGCAACUCCUUCCUCAGCCGCUACCACCACCUAUCACUACCUUCACCGCCGCUGAGACCGCCUCCAAAACCUCCAAGAAACUUGCGUUACUCCCACUUGUUUUCCUCAUCUUUUUUGAGGUCUCCGGCGGGCCAUAUGCUGCUGAAUCCCCCGUGGGAGCUGCAGGGCCUCUUUGGGCUAUACUGGGCUUCCUCGUUUUUCCCUUUAUCUGGAGCAUCCCUGAGGCUCUUAUCACUGCUGAGCUCACCACUGUCUUCCCCGGCAAUGGCAGCUUUGUCAUCUGGGCUGAUCAGGCUUUUGGGCCCUUCUGGGGUUCGAUGCUGGGCUCGCGGAAAUUCCUUACUGGUGUCCUGAACUUGGCCUCAUACCCAGUUCUUUGCAUAGAUUAUCUCAAGCUGGUGUUUCCAGUUUUCUCUGCUGGUUUGCCUCGCUAUGUUGCAGUAUUCGUCCUAACUUUGAUGCUAUCGUUUCUGAACUACACAGGGUUGGCUAUAGUUGGAUACACUGCAGUGACUUUGGGAGUUGUAUCACUCUCGCCAUUUGUAGUAAUGACUUUAUUUUCAAUCCCCAAGAUCGAUCCUUCCAGGUGGAUCAGUUUAGGUGAAAAGGGGGCCCAAAAAGAUUGGACUUUGUUUUCCAAUACUCUUUUUUGGAAAUUGAAUUCCUGGGAUAGUGCCAGUAAUUUAGCAGGGGAAGUUGAGGAUCCACAGAGAACUUUUCCAAAAGCACUUUUUGCUGCUGCUUUGGUUACUUGUUUGGGCCAUUUAGUGCCUAUUUUAGCUGCUACAGGAGCUAUACCCCCGAAACAAGAAGAUUGGAUUAAUGGGUCUUUUGCUGAUUUUGGCGAAGUGAUUGCAGGGAAAUGGCUAAAGGUUUGGAUUGAAAUCGGUGCAUGUUUGUCAGUUGUUGGACUUUACGAAGCUCAAUUAAGCAGCUGUGUAUACCAGGUUGUGGGCAUAGCUAAGUUAGGAUUCUUGCCUGUGUUUUUGGGAAUGAGAUCAAGGUGGUUCAACACGCCUUGGGUUGGAAUUUUGGUCUCAACGAUAAUAGCACUAGCAGGUUCUUGUUUGGAUUUUGCUGAUAUAAUUUCUUCAGUGAAUUUCUUGUAUUGCUUGGUUAUGUUAUUGGAAUUUGCAUCAUUCUUAUGGUUGAGAAGAAAAUUGCCAAAUAUAAAGAGGCCAUUUAGAGUGCCAAUGGGGUUGCCUGGUUUGGUAAUAAUGUGCUUGAUUCCAUGUGGGUUUCUGGUGUAUGUGAUGGCUGUGGCAACCACAACUGUGUAUUUGGUGAGUGCCAUUUUAACUUUUCUGAGUAUUGUUUGGUAUUUUUUGAUCAAUUUAUGCAGAUCAAAGAUGUGGGUUCAGUUCAACAAUGCAGGAGGACAAUUGGAGUGCGAGGACUAUCCUCUUGACAAGCUUUUCUAAUUAAAUUCCAUAAAUCAUGUUAUGGAUAUUCCUUUUUUAUUGUUAAAUGAUAUAGAUUAAAUAAAUUUGAAUAUUAUUUAAAUAACAAUAACAAUAAUAAUAAUAAUAGCAUUUGAGUAAUUCAAAAUAACGUAUAAUUAAUUUUGAAACAAAAUUUAAAUAUUAAAAAUACCAAUAGAUUUAUAUUUGAAUUGAAUAAUUUUCAGUGUACUCCAUUAAUUGCUUCCUCUAAUUAAGUUGAGAUGGGAUAAGUUUAGAGGAAUGGUGAUGGAGCAACGGCAAAUGGAACGAAGGAGAUUGGAUAUCAAAGACUUGAAUAAAGGGGUAUAUGAAGAAAUUUGAUAAUAUUAAUAAAUAUUUUUAUCAUUGUUGAACUCUGAGCAGUCUUCUCUCUAACCUUUUGUUUGCAUCGACGGUAAAGAAGAAAAGAGAAAACAGAAGAAAAAAAAAAAAAUCGACCUUUUCACUUGCUUGGAAAAAAAUUAGAGGAGAGAAAAUAGGAGAAAAGAGGAGAAAGAGAGAAAUUUGAUUCUCCAGUGCCUUCAUUAAUUCAAAAUAUUUCUCUUCAAUUUAGAGAGAAAUAGAAAGAAAUAGAGAUCAUAUAAAUACUAUUUAUGUUGAAAUUACUUUUCCAUCUUUUAUAUCAUGUAAAAUGAAAAUUAUAACUUAUGACAACAAAGUAAUUUCAUUGGGAGAAAAUUUUCUUUACAUCCGAACAAUAGAAAAAAAAAUUUUAAUUUCUUUUUCUUUCUCUUCAUUUCUCUUCUUUUCCAUUGCAUAAUUAAGAAUCAAAUAGAGAGUAAAAGAUUUUCCUCUACUUUCUUUCCAAACAGUUUUCGUGGAGCGCUUUUGGAAGGAUCCGGCCUCCGGCAACCUCAUCACCUCCCAGUGAUUUUAUUAUUAUUAUUCUUUUAGUUUAGUUGCUUAGUGUUCUGUUUAUGAGAGUUUUGAUUUUCCUCUAUUCCGCCGGGUUCCUACUAGUACAAUGGCAACGAUAUCCUUAGCUUUUGGUUAUUGAUGGUUGUCUCAAGGUUCUGACAUGGGGAGGCAUGGAUCCUUGCCUUUGCUUGUUAGUUGGCUCUGUUGUGCAUAUCAGUCCUACUGAUUGAGGCUGUU